CAUGACUUUAGUCAAGGUACAUGGGAAAUUAUCAAAGUGAUCUGUUAUCAGCAUCAAGAACUUUGAUCUUUGUUUAGGCUGGAAGGGACCAGAAACUGCUGAGUUGGUAAGAAGGCCACACAAAUAACUAAAUACUUAUUGGGAGUCAAAGUUUCUGUUCAUUCAGUCCAAGUUACUCAUUCAGUGUAUUCUAGACACCCAUCCACACACACUGUCCAUCCACCAGACCAGGCUGAACUAUGCAUCCAAAUCAGAAUUCAUCAUUUAUUGAUUUUUAAGACCUUGGGCAAGUUCUGUCCUUAAGCCUCAUUUGUGAAAUGGGAUGAUAAUACGUAAUUAGGGCAUCCUUAUAGCUAGAGUUGGCUUUCCAGGUGACUCAGUGGUAAAGAAUGGGCCUGCCGAUGCAGGAGACCUGGAUCCUGACGAUCCCCUGAAGGGAAUGGCAACUCACUCCAGUAAUCUUGCCUGGGUAAAGCCCAUUGACAGAGUAGCCUGGAGGGCUGGCUACAAUGUAGGAAGCACAGAGUCAGCCCCACCUUUGCGACUAAACGAAAAAAAAGUCAGGUCAGGUCCUCAGAAAUGCGAACCAACUUGAUAUUUUGUGGCAUAUGUCACUGUUAAUCCACUAGGAACAGAGUACAUGAUGAAAGAAAUCAUAAGUGAGUCUCUCUCUCUGCAGAUUCCCUUUUUCCAAUCUAAGCGUGUGCUUCAGUCCUGUCCGACAGUGUACCACGGUAAGGACUGUAGCCCCCCAGGCUCCUCUGUCCGCGGGGAUUCUCCGGGCAAGAAUACUGGCGAACUGGGGGCAACUGGGUUGCUAUGCCUUCCUCCAGAGGAUCUCCCCCACCCCGGGAUCGAACCCCCAUCCCCCGCCCGGUCUCUUAGGACUCCUGCUUCGCAGGCGGAUUCUUUACCAAUAGCGCCACCUGGGAAUCCCUCACAAUCUAAAAGGGCAGCAAAACGCUCGCAGAGGUCCGUCCCUACACAAUGCAGCAACACGAGAUGCCAACAGCCUGUCCCCAGUGGCAACAUUCACUCAUCUUCCAAAAUCGUUCUGAGUUCUUCUAAUCUUGUUAUUUUUCUUUGGCUCUUGACGCUCUGCAAACAUAAUCUGUGCUAAACCGUGCUGUUGUCCGACGCCAAAGGCUUGGCCGCAGGUCGGAGGACUUCCCAGAGGACCGUAGUUUGGUACCAAGACGACAGGGUGCUUGGAGCUCCAACUGUUCACGCCUUCUGCCAGCUUUUCCAGGAUAUUUGCAAAACCGCAGUCGAAGGGGCGUUUCCGAGCAGCGGGGGGCGGGCAUUACGGCGCCUCCCCUCUCCACGUUCUGGGGCGGGGGGCGGGUACCCGGCUGGGUGCAAUAACUAAGGCCGCGUUCGCAGCCAGGUGCGAGCACGUGGACGCCUAGGCGCUGAGCCCCGCGUGCCGGGCGGUGCGUUUACCCUCCUCCCUUCGCCUCGCACCUUCGCCCGCCUCCGGGCAACCUCAGCCCAGGCCAACUUUAGGCCCUGCCGGCGCCCCCGCUCGCGGCCUGUGGCUCUGGGCUCCCGGCGAUCCGGCCGCGGAGCUUUGCCGGCGUCCUCCCGGCGGGCCCGGGAGGCGGCGCGGCCUUGGGAGGCGGGGACCCGGCCGGCCGCAGGCGCUCGGUUUCCGGAAGCCAGUGGUUCUCUGGCUCCCGCUGCGCGGACUGGCGCGGCGGCCUGAAGUCCAGCAUCCCGGCCAACACCUCCCGGAGCAGCAGGCGGCACCGACGCCUCAGCGGCCGGAUCUCAAACCGCGCUCGCCCCGGCCGGCAAGAUGCAACCGGUGUACCCGGAGGUGAAGCCCAACCCGCUGCGGAACGCGAACCUCUGCUCGCGCGUGUUCUUCUGGUGGCUAAACCCCUUGUUUAAAAUUGGUCACAAACGGAGAUUAGAAGAAGAUGACAUGUACUCAGUGCUUCCAGAAGAUCGCUCCCAGCACCUUGGAGAAGAGCUGCAAGGGUACUGGGAUCGAGAGGUUUUGAAAGCUGAGAAAGAUGCACGGGAGCCUUCUUUAACAAAAGCAAUCAUAAAGUGUUACUGGAAAUCCUAUGUAGUUUUGGGAAUUUUUACAUUAAUUGAGGAAAGUACCAGAGUAGUUCAGCCCAUAAUUUUGGGGAAAAUUAUUGGUUAUUUUGAAAACUACGAUCCCUCUGAUUCUGCUGCUUUGUACGAAGCCCAUGGCUAUGCCGGGGUGCUGAGCGCCUGCACGCUUGUCUUGGCCAUUCUGCACCACUUGUAUUUCUACCACGUCCAGUGUGCGGGGAUGAGGCUGAGAGUAGCCAUGUGCCACAUGAUUUACCGCAAGGCCCUUCGCCUGAGUAACUCGGCCAUGGGGAGGACCACCACAGGCCAGAUAGUCAACCUGCUGUCCAAUGACGUGAACAAGUUUGAUCAGGUAACGAUAUUCUUGCACUUUCUGUGGGCAGGGCCACUGCAGGCUAUCGUAGUGACCGCCCUGCUCUGGAUGGAAAUAGGAAUAUCAUGUCUUGCUGGGAUGGCGGUUCUCAUUAUUCUUCUGCCUUUGCAAAGCUGCAUCGGGAAGUUGUUUUCUUCACUCCGGAGUAAGACCGCAGCCUUCACAGACACCAGGAUCAGGACCAUGAAUGAAGUCAUAACUGGCAUCAGAAUAAUAAAAAUGUACGCUUGGGAAAAGUCUUUUGCAGACCUUAUCACCAAUUUGAGAAGGAAGGAAAUUUCCAAGAUUCUGAGAAGUUCCUACCUUAGAGGAAUGAAUUUGGCAUCAUUUUUUGUUGCGAGCAAAAUCAUCGUUUUCGUCACCUUCACCACCUACGUCCUCCUUGGCAACGUGAUCACAGCCAGCCGUGUGUUUGUGGCGGUGUCGCUGUACGGGGCUGUGCGGUUGACAGUCACCCUCUUCUUCCCUUCGGCUGUCGAGAAGGUGUCAGAGGCAUUCGUCAGCAUCCGAAGAAUCAAGAACUUCCUGUUACUUGAUGAGAUAACACAGCUCCACUCUCAACUGCCAUCAGAUGGUAAAAUGAUCGUGAAUGUUGAAGAUUUCACUGCUUUUUGGGAUAAGGCAUCAGACACCGCAACCCUACAAGACCUUUCCUUUACUGUCAGACCUGGUGAACUGUUAGCUGUGGUUGGACCUGUGGGAGCAGGAAAGUCGUCACUGUUAAGCGCUGUGCUGGGGGAGCUGCCCCCGAGCCAGGGGCAGGUCAGCGUGCACGGGAGGAUCGCGUAUGUUUCUCAGCAGCCCUGGGUGUUCUCAGGAACUGUGAGGAGUAACAUUUUAUUUGGGAAGAAAUAUGAAAAGGAACGAUAUGAAAAAGUAAUAAAGGCUUGUGCUUUGAAAAAGGAUUUACAGCUUCUGGAAGAUGGAGAUCUAACUAUGAUAGGAGACCGGGGAACCACCCUGAGUGGAGGGCAGAAAGCCCGGGUCAACCUUGCAAGGUAAAUGGGCGUGUAUCAGGAUGCCGACAUCUACCUCCUAGACGAUCCACUCAGCGCAGUGGAUGCAGAAGUCAGCAGGCACUUGUUUGAACUGUGUAUUUGUCAAGCCUUGCAUGAGAAGAUCAGAAUCUUAGUGACUCAUCAGUUGCAGUACCUAAAAGCUGCAAGUCAGAUUCUGAUAUUAAAAGAUGGCAAAAUGGUGCAAAAGGGGACUUACACUGAGUUCCUGAAAUCCGGGAUAGAUUUUGGUUCCCUUUUAAAGAAGGAGAAUGAGGAGGCUGAACCAUCUCCGGUUCCAGGAACUCCCACCCUGAGGAAUCGCACCUUUUCCGAGUCUUCGGUUUGGUCUCAACAGUCUUCCAGACCCUCCUUGAAAGAGGCCACUCCAGAGGGCCCAGACACCGAGAAUAUACAGGUCACCCUAACUGAGGAGACCCGUUCAGAAGGAAAAGUUGGUUUUAAGGCUUAUAAGAAUUACUUCACAGCUGGUGCUCACUGGUUUAUCAUCAUUUUCCUCAUUCUAGUAAACCUUGCAGCUCAGGUUGCCUACGUCCUGCAGGAUUGGUGGCUUUCAUACUGGGCCAAUCAACAGAGUGCCCUGAAUGUCACUGUUAAUGGACAAGGAAAUGUAACUGAGAAGCUCAGUCUGAACUGGUACUUAGGAAUUUACUCAGGGUUAACUGCAUCCACUGUCCUGUUUGGCAUCGCUAGAUCUCUGUUGGUGUUCUUUGUCCUUGUUAGUUCUUCACAAACUUUGCACAACCAAAUGUUCGAGUCCAUUUUGAGAGCUCCAGUACUGUUCUUCGAUAGAAAUCCAAUAGGAAGGAUUUUAAAUCGUUUUUCCAAAGACAUUGGGCAUAUGGAUGACUUGCUGCCGCUGACAUUUCUUGAUUUCAUCCAGACAUUUCUACAAGUGAUUGGUGUGGUGGGCGUGGCAGUGGCGGUGAUUCCUUGGAUCGCCAUACCCCUCGUUCCCCUUGGCAUUGUUUUCUUUGUCCUCCGGCGAUAUUUCUUAGAAACAUCGCGAGACGUCAAACGCCUAGAAUCUACAACCCGGAGCCCGGUGUUUUCCCACUUAUCGUCUUCUCUCCAAGGCCUCUGGACCAUCCGGGCCUACAAAGCUGAACAGAGGUUUCAGGAACUGUUUGACUCACACCAGGACUUGCACUCAGAGGCUUGGUUCUUAUUUCUGACGACGUCCCGAUGGUUCGCUGUGCGUCUGGAUGCCAUCUGUGCUGUGUUUGUCAUUGUUGUUGCCUUUGGGUCCCUGAUUCUGGCGAAAACUUUGGAUGCUGGGCAGGUUGGCCUGGCGCUGUCCUACGCCCUCACGCUCAUGGGGAUGUUCCAGUGGUGCGUCAGGCAAAGUGCCGAAGUUGAAAAUAUGAUGAUUUCAGUAGAAAGGGUGAUCGAGUAUACAGAUCUGGAAAAAGAAGCGCCCUGGGAAUCCCAGAAACGCCCGCUGCCGUCCUGGCCCCAUGAAGGUGUGAUCAUCUUUGACAAUGUGAACUUCUCGUACAGCCUAGAUGGCCCUCUGGUAUUGAAGCACCUGACAGCACUGAUUAAAUCAAGAGAAAAGGUUGGCAUUGUGGGAAGAACAGGAGCUGGAAAAAGUUCUCUCAUCGCUGCCCUUUUUAGAUUGUCGGAGCCUGAAGGUAAAAUCUGGAUUGAUAAAAUCUUGACAACCGAAAUUGGUCUUCAUGAUUUAAGGAAGAAAAUGUCAAUUAUACCUCAGGAACCUGUUUUAUUCACUGGAACAAUGAGGAAGAAUCUGGAUCCCUUCAAUGAGCAUUCAGAUGAGGAACUGUGGAAUGCCUUAGAAGAGGUGCAACUGAAGGAAGCCAUCGAAGAUCUUCCUGGUAAAAUGGAUACCGAAUUAGCAGAAUCCGGAUCAAACUUUAGCGUUGGACAGAGACAACUGGUGUGCCUUGCCAGGGCUAUCCUCAGGAAAAAUCGGAUAUUGAUUAUUGACGAAGCCACGGCCAAUGUGGAUCCAAGAACCGAUGAGUUAAUACAAAAAAAAAUCCGUGAGAAAUUUGCCCACUGCACAGUGCUAACCAUAGCACACAGAUUGAAUACUAUCAUUGAUAGUGACAAGAUAAUGGUUUUGGAUUCAGGGAGACUGAAAGAAUAUGAUGAGCCGUAUGUUUUGCUGCAAAAUAGAGACAGCCUGUUUUAUAAGAUGGUGCAACAACUGGGCAAGGCCGAGGCCGCUGCCCUCACUGAAACAGCAAAACAGGUGUACUUCAAGAGGAAUUAUCCAGAUAUUACUCACAAUGGCCAUGUGGUUAUGAACGCUUCCAGUGGACAGCCCUCAGCCUUAACGAUUUUUGAGACAGCACUGUGAUUCUACCAUGACGUCAAGUCUGUUCCAGAGGCAUUUUUCCAAUAGUUUUUGCACUGUGUAAACUACAUUUUACUUAUUUUUAUACCAGCAGCAGAUAUUUACACAUAGAAUAUGUUAGUCUAUUUGGGUUUUUUUCCUGCAACUUCACCCAGUGGUUUCAGGCUCCUAACAAAAUAUUGUUAUUUAUAUGUUAAUAGUAUUUUUUUCUUAUCUAAAUCAGAGGUACAGGCCACCAGUAAAAGCUGUCUACCAGGUUUCGUGCCUUAAAGAGACUCCAGAGCCAAAGCACAUAUUCUAAGGUGUAAGACAAAGUUGUCAUAGAUGUUUUUUACUGUCCCCAGACUACAUAUUCCUUUCCAGUUAUAUCAGGGAUUCUGUUUACUUGAAGACUUUGUGAAAGUUGCCAUUUUGCCUUACCACUUUCUUUAACAUAAGUAGGAUCCACUAUUCCCCACCAAAGACCUCUAGUUAAGCUAGUACAAAAUAGGGAAAACAAAAAAUACACUUUAGUUGAAAUUACAAUAGGAGGCAUUACGUAGGAGAGCCCUCCUCCCCAUCCCCCAAGAUAAAUGAAGGUCAGUAUUUCAUUAUAUCUUCUAAAAGAGAUGGAAGAGAAAGGAAUGCUUUCGGGAAAUUGCCAUUCUAUGGGGCUUGGAUAAUGACAGACAUGUGAGUGAUCAUAGAUCAGCUUCUAGAAUCCAUGGCUCUGACUUGAUAUACCUGUUGCAGUUUUAGCUUCAGCUUGGUGAUAUUUCUAAAAGGCCAUGCUGCUAAAUGAAAUUCCUGAGUAUGUAGUGGUGAUUUCAUCUGGAUUUCUCAUGACGACUGACCCUCUGCUGACAUAAGCCUUUUGGUUUAGCCAUCAUUGAAAUGUUGUCUAAAUAGGAUAGAAAGAGAGAACUAGAAAGUGAGAAAAAUAGAAAGCCGUUACCUACGUUGACUGUGUUUAUGCCCUGUGCUCUCAGGAUGCAUCAGGAAGGUUCACGUUCAUGAGCCUGCCCAGGUUAGUUUACUUCUGACCACUAAUUGCACUUUGUCUAGGUCUUUCAGAUCAGUAGAUCAACAAACCAGAAUACUUCUACGGCCUGCAGUACUUGAUUUGAGCUGUAGGUCCUUAGCUUUUCUCCAUGGUGGUGGGUAUGGUGUAUUGAGUUCAAGUUACUAAAGUUACUGCCCUGGUUUUAAGUGUACUUUCAUGACCUCUCAAUAACCACCCUCAAAUUGCAUAUAUAUAUAUGUGUGCCAUCUGAUAGCUGGUAUUUGGACUCUUUACCAGAGAAAAACAGAUAUUUCAUAGAAUCAAGCCUUAAAAACCACAUACUCGGCAAACUACCCAAAUACAUUGAGUGUAGUUUGUAUUUAGAAAUAAUACGGUUAAUGUUUAGUCCAAUAAUUAUAUAGUAGUCAGGGUUCUUAUUUCAGGAGACUGAAAUGACAACAAGGAUAAUAUUGAGGUUUGUUAAAAUAGUGGAAAUAUUUGAAAUGUAUAUGUAUGUGUUUAUUUGGUCUUUAGAGGUUUUUUGUUUUUUUCUUAAAGGCAGUUAAAUGUUUCUAUUUUAUUUCUUUUUUAAUGGCAUUAUAGACUUUUUCAAUGAAACAAAAUUUAGUUGAAAUAAAUGUUUUCAUCUCCAAA